AUGUGUAAAAUAUUUAACAGUCAACAGUCAAAAAUUAAACUGAUCGCCUCAAGUCUUCCUUACGGCAAAUAUGACAAAGCCAGACAAGAACUUAAGGAAAAGAAAGAGAUAGAAAAACAGAAAAUGCGUAGGGUGAAAAGAGAUGCAGAGAUGGUUGUGACCCCUGUCAUGAAAGCAGAUGAUGAUAAAAGAGUCGAAGAUAUUGUUGACCGACUGUAUGACGACUUGUUAGAGAAAGGGCAAAAUAUUUCUUAUCGAAAAAGGGCACCCAAAACUGAAGAGACGAUUUCGACUGUCAACAAAACGGGCAGAAGAUUUCCUUUCGCGCCAUUAUCAAUUGAGGCCCACCCUUCAUCGUCGUCAAAGGGCCCUUCUGAACCCGCUUACUCGAGGAUAGUACCACGGUUUAAACACGCCAUUAUUCCUUAUUUCAUUGAUUCUAGGACUUAUGACACUCAUCUAUCAGAAAUCAUAAUGAAGGCUUUCGAUUACAUCGAGAAGGCGACAUGUGUCCGUCUGCAGCGCCUUCGAGAAAGACCGACAGACUUGCAGUCGCUGCAGAAUGUCGUCUGGUUGUACAUCACCAACCCCAACGGUAUCAGACAGUGUGUGCACACCAAUGAACGAAUGGAAAUUAAAGGUGUACGGAUGAUAGUCUUCGGCUACGACUGCAUGACCCUCGGGGAUAUAGCUCAUGAGAUCAUGCAUGUGCUAGGAUUUGCGCACGAACAUGUGCGUCCUGACAGAGACCAGUACAUCAAAAUCAUGUGGGAUAACAUUAAACCAGGAUACAAAAAAUACUUUGAAUUGAACGAUAAGCCGAUUGUUGAAAAUCUUCCAUAUGAUUACGCCAGCGUGUUACACUAUCCUGCACGAGCUUUCUCCAAAAAUGGUCAGGUCACCAUUUUGACCGAGCCUGGCAUCAAAGUCGGUCAGCGAGAAGGCCUCAGUGAAGUGGAUGUUGAGAAAAUCGGCAUGCUAUACUCCAAUGAAUGUGUCCUACGCAACAGAGAGUACCUUCUGAAGACCUGUCCCAGUGUCAUCAAAGCCGACAUGAAACCCACCCACGUCACUCAACAGGAGAUUGAUGACUAUUUCGAGGAUAGGCUAUGGUCGUAUGGGGUUGUCAACUAUAAGUUGUUAAAUAAGAUGGAAUUCACUGCUGAAGAACUAGAAAACAUAAAGGCAGUUAUAAACCAUUUAGAAAAAGAAACGUGUAUCGAGUUCAGAGACCUAACUCCUUAUGAGGAUGAGGCCAAGGCUAUGAGUGCUGCGGAUGAUGCCAGUAACUCUGAUUACGAUUAUGAGGAUGUGCCCUCAGAAGACUUUAUACCGUACUUUAACUCAACAGCUACAGAUAUAGAUUUGGAAGAGGCUUUAGAGCCUGGACGUGUUAUGCGUAACGAAAUUAAAGAUAAUAACGUAAAGGGUUUCAAAGGACGACAGGGCAUCAAUGGAAAGAAUAAAUAUGCUAAAUAUGCUGGUGCUAAAAGACGGGUAACCCCCAUUGGGUCUACAGCAAAGGUUAACAUUACGGGUGCCCUAGGAAAAGUCAAUAAUAGUGGCGUAAGAUCAAAUAUUGGUAAUGGAAACACAAAAGGAAAAGUAACCCCUGCUAUCGCCAAAACAAAGCCCGAUGCUGUUGGUGCCAAAGGAAAGCCCAUUACAAAUCGCAGGAAGAGAGCAGCUACACCUAAACCUGCAAGGAGACACGCGGAAAGCGUCGUGGUGCUGUCCCGGUCACCAAAGCCUGGCUGCAAGUGCCCUCGACCCGGGAAACCAGACGGCAAUUAUACAUUGAAAAUCAACACGGAUUGCUUCAACUCAGUCAACGAUCUGCUGCACGUAUUCGUACAUGUCCUGGGCUUGGACCACCAGCAUAACAUGCAUGACAGGGACUCUUACCUGCACAUUAUUUGGGACCAACUUACUGACGAUGUAAAACAAGAAAUGAAGAGGAAACUGCCACCGGCUGCGUCAGUGGGCUUCCAAUACGACUACCAGAGCGUGAUGCAUUACCCCUGGUUGCAGAUCAAGAAUGGCCGCACUAACAUCAUGUAUCCCAUUUGGAAUGACGGCUGGGCAAUGGGCCAUUGGCAAGGCCUGAGCGCGACCGACGUUCAGAAACUUAACAUGCUGUACUUCAAACAGUGUGUAGCGAGGAAGCAAGAAGCAGAGCAACCAGAAGCUACUGACAAAACGACUCGUAUUAAAGCGUAGUUUUGUCCAAGA